AUGGAUUUCACGGAAUUAAAAGGAGACAAACCCGUUCAAGAAAAGCUGGUUAAAUUCCACAAUAGCGUCAACAAGAUAGAAGAAAUGAUCCAAAAAUUACAGCGUGCCGAUAUUUACGAGCAAUUAACGUUAAAAGAAAAAGUGGAUUACGAUCUGUUCGUAUCGUAUACGUUAAACACGCUGUUCUGGUUGUAUUUACGAGUAAAAAAUGAAGACCCGAAUAACAACGACGUGAAGAAUCAGUUGAACAGGAUAAAAGAAUAUAUGCUGAAGGCGAAACAGGCUCACGAGAGGCAGACGAUUCGUCCUAAGGUGGACAAAGCGGUAGCCGGAAGGUUUAUCAAGCACGGUAUACAAAGCACUACAGAUGGCCAACCAGUGAACAAAAAAAUUAAAUUCGCGGACUGA